AUGUUGCCUUUACCCUCCGACCUGAAGCAACAGUUCAGCCACUUCAACCUCGAAAGGCCGAGUGUAUGGGAGCCGUCGGCCUCGCAGAUCACCGAGGACAUCUUGCUCGGGAACCUCUCCGCGGCCCUCGACUUCGAGGGCACCCACAAGAGGCACAACAUCACGGCCGUCGUGACGCUGAUCGACCCCAUCACGGCGGCAAAGAUGGCCGAGCUGGACGAAUUCAAGAAGCUGGGCGACAAGCACCACGUGGUCGUGUGCAUAGAUAAGGACGAGCAACGCCUGCUGCCCCAUCUGCCAGGCAUCUGCGCCUUCAUCGAGAGCCAGCUAGGCACGACACCGACGAACUGCACCCCCCCAACUCAAGCAUCGUACGCCCACGCCACGAAAGCAUCAUCUCUCGUGCCCGCAGCAGCAACCAAUCUGUCCGCGGCCGCACCAACAGCGCAAGCCCCGGCGCGCCCGACCCCCCGAAUCCUCGUCCACUGCGUCGCCGGCCGGUCGCGCUCGCCGACCGCCGUCGCCGCGUACCUGAUGAAGAGCCGCGCGAUCAACGUAGCGCAGGCGCUGCAAAUGAUCCAAUCCGCGCGCCCCUGUGCCAACCCGCGGGACACAUUUUGGGCGGAACUGCGGCUGUGGAGCGAGUUUUGCUGUGAUGCGAGCUGCACCCCCCCUGCCGCCGUUGCCGAGGCCGAGGGCACGUUCUGA